AUGAAAUUGUUCACUUACAAAGCCUGGGGUGUACCCAGGGCCGGCUUCGACCUGUCAUACACAUUCGUUCGCUCGCACUUUGUUUCACCAGCCAUUCUCGCGUGCAUCCGCGCCCUACUGAGCAUAUACUGCUUCACGACGAUCAUAACAUGCUAUACCUGGCUGGCGAACGAAACAGCUACUAUUAAGCUCAAGGAUGUCAACAUCGGAUCCUACACCAUCCAACAAGGCGAUGCAGCCAUCGGACAGUCAUUUAGCUUCUUCACUUACCUUACUUUCUGGUCGCUCGGCUUCUACUUCCUUGUAUCGAGCGUACAUACGUUCAUGUACGCAUUUCGGCAAAGAACUUGGCUUCACAAUUGGCCCAAAUACCUGCAGUUAUUACACAGCAUGUACUACUCUACAAUGACUUCAUUCCCGUUCCUGGUCACGAUUGUCUUCUGGGGGACCAUGAACUCUGGAUGGCCGGCUGGACGAUUCGAACAAUGGAUCAACAUAUCUGUCCACGGCCUCAACAGCGUCUUUGCGGCAACCGAGAUCAUACUAUCGGCUACCGAGCCAUUGCCGUGGCAUCAUCUCUCCGUUGUCCUUGGGGUCCUGUCGAUAUAUCUUGGCCUUGCGUAUCUCACUCGUUAUACGCAGGAGUUUUAUGUAUAUGAGUGGAUGAAUCCAGCUCACGGCAACGUUAGCAUCAUUCUUCAUGUCCUGGGAUAUGCCGGUGGAAUGAUCGCACUGUUCCUGUUGGCGCGAUACGCAAUGGUCGCAAGGAAUAUACUCGCACAGAGACUGCAAGGCGAAUAUGAGGCUGAGUAUGGGGAGAAAGGAAUUCAGCUCGAUGAUCGGUCUGAUACAUGGUCGGCGAAGGUUAGGGUGGUGAAGCCGACGCCUAUGCGCGUACAAAAGAAGCCAAAGAUAGUUAUUUCGGAAGUCUGA